GGCGCGGCGGUGCUGCCGUCGUUCUUGUCCCGGGAGCGGCGGUCGCCGCGGGGUCGACAGGGCUGUCCCGUUGCCGUCCCAGUGCGGCCGCGCUGCAGCCAUGUUGUGCUACGGGGAGGGCCUGCUGAGCUCCCUCACGGCGCUGCUGGUGGCGGUGCUGGCGUUCAGCCGCAGCCCGGCGCUGGCCUGCCUGCUGCCGGCCGUGCUCUAUCUGGCGCUGCACCUCUUCAGCCUGCAGCCCGCCGCCCCGCAGAGCGCCCAGCGCGUCCUGCGGCCCCGCGGCGCCGCCGCCCGCAUCGCCCACCGCGGCGGAGCGCACGACGCGCCGGAGAACACGCUGGCGGCCAUCCGACAGGCAGCUGAGAACGGAGCAACAGGUGUUGAGCUGGACCUUGAGUUUACUGCGGAUGGUGUUCCCAUUCUAAUGCAUGAUGAAACAGUGGACAGGACAACCGAUGGGUCGGGAAGAUUGUCUGAGUUGACUUUUGAUGAAGUUAGGAAGCUUAAUCCAGCUGCAAAACACAGGCUGUGGAGCAAAUUCCAGGGUGAAAAGGUACCGACGCUGCGAGAAGCUGUUGUGGAGUCCAUGCGUCACAAUCUUAUCAUCUAUUUCGAUGUCAAAGGCCACGCGAGUCAGGCAGUUGAUGCGCUAAAACAAGUCUACCUGGAAUUUCCACGUUUGUAUAACAGCAGCGUAGUCUGUUCCUUCAUGCCAGACGUUGUUUAUAAGAUGAGACAGGCGGACGGGAACGUGGUGACGGCGCUGACGUACCGGCCGUGGCAGCUCAGCCACUUCGGAGACGGGACCCCCCGCUUCGGCUCCUCCUGGCAGCUCCGGUUGUACAUGCUGCUGGACGUCGCCCUGGACUGGAGCCUGCACAGCUUCCUGUGGCGGCUCUGCGGGGUCUCAGCUUUCCUCAUACAGAAAAACUUUGUUUCUCAAGACUACGUCAGGUACUGGGCUUCCAAGGGGAUUCAAGUGGUUGCCUGGACAGUGAACACGUUUGCGGAAAAAAGCUACUACGAACGUGUCCUCGAAUGCAGCUACAUCACCGACAGCUUGGUGGAGGACUGCGAGCCGCACUACUAACCCUGCGCUGUGCUCCCCACCCAGAGCCGCCCCCGCGGUGGGGCAGGGGGACACAGCGGUGGGGCAGGGGGACACAGCGGUGGGGCAGGGUCCCCGCGGUGGGGCAGGGGGACACAGCGGUGGCUCCGGGGCAGCACGA